CCAAAACACAACAUGGCGGCUAGGAAACAUUGACAGAGAAACUCGGAAGUCGGGAUAAUGCUCGCAGAUGGGAUUUAUAGUUCGUCCCUCGCUCCUGGUUAAAAGAUGGAACUAUUCCAAGCUCAGGACAACUUCAUCAUUCUAAAUGGACCUGAUAGUUUGUGGUGUAACAGGCUUGACGGCCGCCUUCAGCCACGCUUUGGAGUUGAUUUGGGCGAGGCCUGGUCAUUGAAAUGCCGUGGAAUUGUGUAUGGGGUCAUUGGCAAAAUACAAUUUUUCCCAGGUGCUGAUUGGAGACUGAUAGUGAUAUCAAAGCAAACACAUGUCGGUAACUUACCAGGGGGUCAUGAAGUUUACAGAAUUGACAGGAUCGCAGCACUGACGUUAUCUUCCAGUGAAUCACCAGAAUUUGAUCUUGAUCCUUGUGAACAACAUCAAAGUGGUGGCCGGGCGCGGAAAAUAAUAGGUGUUGGAGGAGGACUGGCAGGAACAGAAAAAGGACUGGGACAAACAUGGAACAAACUGAAAACUGCAGCUUCAACUUUGAAAGAAAAGAACAUCAAAGACAGGGACUUGAAAGACAAAGAGAAGUUAGAAAGAAGAUUUGUUGAGGAGCUGCAGAAGAUGUUCAAUGACUCUGACUCCUUCUUUUACUCACCAACUGGGGACCUGACCAACACCCUACAGAGACAGUUCAGUGGAAAGUACAAUGCAGCUGAUCCAGUUUGGAAGAGGUUUGACAAGAGGUUUUUCUGGAACCACUUUAUGGUAAAAGAACUUUUGACCAGUGAGGAUCCUCUUGCCAGUAAGUGGGCGACCCCAAUAAUCCAAGGCUACUGUAAGAUAGAGCACUGUAUAAACACCUUCCAAGAUGAGGAUGCUGAUGAAAAUGACGAGAAGAAAACAGCGCCUUUCCCGCCAGAGGAGUUCCAGCUGGUACUGAUAUCCAGGAGGAGUAUUCAUCGAGCUGGGACUCGUUACAGGAGACGUGGUGUGGAUGAUAAUGGAGAUGUUGCAAAUUUUGUCGAAACAGAACAGAUAAUUUGCACUUCAACCCACAAUGUAUCAUUUGCACAAGUGAGGGGCUCUGUACCCGUGUACUGGAGUCAACCGGGUUACAAAUACCGACCACCACCAAGAUUAGACAGAGAUGAAGUGGAGACUCAGUUCGCCUUUAGAAAGCAUUUUGAUCAUCAAUUGGAACUUUAUAAGAGUGUGGCGGUUAUAAAUUUAGUGGAUCAAUCAGGAAGGGAAAAGAUAAUAAGUGAUGUCUUCAUGGACAACAUCUUGGCCUACAACAGUCCUUUCCUCACCUACAUUACUUUUGAUUUUCAUGAGUAUUGUCGUGGAAUGAAAUUCGAGAACGUGUCAGUUUUGGUGGAGAGCAUUCUAGAAGUUAUUAAGGAAGUGAGAUACUGCUGGACUGAUGAUAAGGGAAUCAUCUGUGACCAGAGAGGUGUGUUUCGUGUCAACUGUAUGGAUUGUCUGGACCGGACGAAUGUUGUGCAAGCAGCUCUAGCACGGUACAUAAUGGAACAACAGCUGAAAAAGUUGGGCAAACAGCUUCCAGACCAAAUCCUUCCCUCUUCUAUAAGGACGGCUUUUCAGGAGAUGUGGGCCAGUAAUGGAGAUGCAAUCAGUCGACAAUACGCUGGCACUGCGGCAAUGAAGGGAGACUUCACAAGGACAGGCGAGAGAAGGUUUACUGGUGUAAUGAAAGAUGGAUACAACUCUGCCAACAGAUAUUACCUGAACAGAUUUAAGGCUGCUUAUAGGCAGACCUUAAUUGAUGUAAUGCUUGGAAACCCAGUCACAGAGGACAUAGCAGCUUUGAUAGCGGCCAUGAACAAAGGACCUGAGGAAGAGCAGUGGACAAUGGAGAGAGAGGAGUGUGUUGCACAGCUGAUACAGCAUUGUAACCAGUUACUUCUGACUGAUGAAGAGGAGUGUAUAUGUGGCUGGGCGUUAGUUGAUCCCUUCAACAGCACGGAUAGUGAAGUCACGCAAGAUCAGGACGUCAUUCUUUUACUUACUUACCACGCCUAUUACGUUGCAAGCUAUGACGAUGAAGCCGAGAGAAUAACCCAGUAUGAACGCAUUGCCCUUGAAGACUUAGAAAAAAUCGAGAUUGGGUUCGAGGCAGCUGUCAAGUCCAAACACCUUUUCAUUCGAAUACAUCGGCGGCAUCAGGGUACUUCAGGUUACUUUCAUACUCUUCGGACCAUACAGCACCGUACGGCGGAAGACGCCAGAAGUGUUUUACUUAGUAUUGCGGACGCAUUUGCCGCGGCACGAGCAUCGUUAGAUCUGGGAUUAAAAGUUACUGAAUGUCGAUUAGACAGGAAAAAGACCAAGAUUGCACCCGGUGUGAUUCAAAUUUCGUCCAAGUCUCGCUUAAGUACCUGGUCCAAACCAUACAUCAAGCCGAGAAGUAAAUCAUUUGUUCAUGACAGUAAAGACGACUUUUCCCUCGCUUCCUUUCGCCGUACCAGACUUGGAAGUUUACCUACAUCUUUCUCGGACUCGUGCCUUGCCAAGAGAGGACUAAAUGACGAGGAAGAGUUUAACAUUUCCAGUGCCAGUGCACCGCAGAGCUGUUCCAGCGGCUCGGGGAGUGAGGACGACGAUAAAACGUCUGGAGAAACUGACCCUAUGGAUUAUUAUGACCCAGAGGCUGAAGGUUCCUCUCAGAAGGAAGUUGCUGACCCGAAAAUCAAAAGUGAGGUCGCUGAAAGUGAAGCGACGAUAUCGCCGACGAGUGAAAACGGAAGUUACCAAACAGAAAAUGAAGACGAAGACGCAUCGGCCAAAGGGGAAAGCUGUGAAACAGAGGUCUUGAAUAAUGAAGACAAAUCAUUAACGGAAGCCACGUUUGUUGUUGGUGACGACACAAAGAACGAAGAAGAAGAAGAGAUAGAAGAAGUAGAAGAAGAAGAAGCGCAGAGAGGUGUAAGGCCAAAUAGUCAAGGUGAGGAAGGAGGAAGCGUCUUCACAGAGAAUCCUUUAGCAGGAUUUGACGGUAUCGUUGAGGGAGGAGCGAAAAGUGAGGGGUUUCACCUGACAGAUGUGAAAGGAAAUGAUUUGACUGGUUUAGAAAGGGAGGAAAUAAUCGGUAUAAAAGAUCAGCUUGAUCCAAUUGAACAAGGUGAAAUUACGAACGGUUAUGUAUCACAGGCCAAUGAUGAAGAGAAUGACGAUGCUAAUGCAUCAGCAGUGAUAAGUGAAGGAAGUCAUCCUUUGCAGGAGAAGGAAUAUGAAUCACUUGGACCGAGAACAAAGGAAAUAGCGAGUAGCAAGAACCAAUUGAUUCAAAAUGAGCCAAGUAAACUAACAAAUGAAUCUGAAGAUAAGGGAGAAGACUUUGUAGAACAUGUCAACAGCUCCAAGAAAAGCGUCAUUGGGCGAGAAGACGUGACUGAGUUAAAACAGGCUAAUGGAGAGGUCCAAGCGGAAGGGUGCGAAGCUAACAUUGAAGGACUCCAAGUCAGCUACCACGGCUCGGGGUCUCAGUUAAAAUUCGGCCAUAGCCACUCCAGCGUGGAGUUGGGAAGGAUGGCGUCCACCGAAGGAGAGAGUAAUGGCGAAAAGAGCCCGGAACGAAGGCGCAUCGGGGCUCGGUUUCGGAAUAUUUCAGUUGGAAACCGCGUUCCGAAAAUGAACAUAUUCGCCACUGCGCAGGCGCGAGGGCGGACUCUAAUUCCUGAGCUGCGGAACAAGUUGUCGUCGUUUUCUCAGCAGGUUCGCUCACGGUCACCGCGGCUAAACCCCAAGCCCCGACAGAGCUCAGACAGUGAAUCGAAUAGUAAUAAAAAACAAACAAGGAAGAAAUGCCGCACUCGAAUUAUUGAAUUAUGAUGUCAAGCGUAGCUUUUAAUGGGCAUAUUUUAAUUGGUAGAAUUUUCAUAAUGUUCAUUCCAAAAGGCACUGACGAAAGACCACAAAUUAUAAGAUCUUAAAUUGAUACUCAAAUUUUAACAACAAUAAUUUGCACAUUCAGGAUAAUUUUAUCAUGAAAAUAGCAUAUUGCAACUACAAUGUUUUUCAAUUGCUACAGUCUAUCGUUUUUGUUUGUACAGAAAUUUAAUUUUUACCCUCAUGCAACAGCGUCCUUGAAUGAAGUUAGCUUGACCAUAGUUAAGAGGAUUCGUUGAAACAUUGGAUAGCUAUUUAAUUGCUGCAGUCGAUUUUAUUUUGCCUCCUUGUAUGAUAGUAACUGAUAUUGUACAAUGUUAAUGGUGGACAUAAGAAUUUAGUGGCUUUAACAGCGAGCUUUUAUAGAUUUAGGAAAUGAUUCCAAAAGGUUGAAUUUUUAAUUGUAAAAUAUAAAAAUUGCUUUUAAAUAAAAUUUGCGUUGGCAUAUAAUUGUUUUAAAUUUAGGGUAACUUCUGAAAUUUUUUGUCGGGUAAUUAUUUUUCCUAAAUAAGGUUAAAUUCGAAAGGUUUCAUUAAUCAUAAUUUGAAAUAAUUAGCUAUGUUUUACAUUGUUUAAAUUCACCUAGCAAUUUUUCUUUUUAGUUGAAGAUUAUGUUAAAAAAUUGCUGGUAGCAUCUACAUCUAGUUGAGAAUCAAAUAGAUUUUUUUUCUUUGAAAGAAAAUAGCUGCUGCUCUUUGUUACCAGAAAAUAGGUUCCUAAUAACAACACACUUAAGUUGCUGAACUGCGCUGGCGAAAUAAAAUUCAAUAGAAAGCAACGCUGUUAAACGUAAAGGGGAAAAUAAAAUGUACAGGAACCUUUUUCACAA